AUGAGGGUCCUCGCAGCAGAACUCUUAGCAGUAUUAGCUUCUUUGCUUUUUAGCGAAAUCAACGGACUUAAUUCCGUGCUUGUUAAGAAUUGUGGGAGAACGAGGCAUCCCUCGAGAGUUCGACGGGUUGUGGGAGGCCGUGAUGCUGAAAGACUCGCAAAUCCAUGGAUGGUUCUGGUGAUCGGGAAAGAUGAUAAUUUCUGUGGCGGUUCGCUCAUCACCUCUCUUUUUGUCUUGACUUCAGCGAGUUGUGCUUCCUUGUCGCCCAAACAGGUCAGACUGGGCGAACACAACAGAACUUGCAUGAGUGGGGACUGCUUGUCCAGCCGACUUAUCGUCAACAUCGAUCAGCAAUUUAGACACCCGCAAUACACUGGCGAUCAAGAUGCCAAAAAUGACAUCGCUUUACUUCAAUUGGCCACGCCGGUGGUGUAUUCAGACUAUAUCAGGCCGAUUUGUCUGUCGGUCGAUAUGCCGUCACAAGGACUUCCUCGAACAUUUAAUGCCUCUGGAUGGGGCAGGACUGCGUAUGAAAGCGAAAGCCCUGUACUGCAGGCAACCACUCUGCAUCUUCAGGACCCUGACCAUUGCAAUAGGAGAUUUGAUGUGCAACUUGAUGAUUCGCAAUUAUGUGUUGGCACUAGUCACAGCGACACAUGUAAUGGGGACUCUGGGGGUCCCUUAAGCGCAAGGACAAAUUAUUGGACCGGAAGUAAGAAUGUUCAUCGGGUUUUCCAGUUCGGCAUUGUCAGCUACGGAUCUUCAUCUUGCAAAAGUGUUGCUAUUUAUACAAAUGUUUAUUACUACACUAACUGGAUUGUCGAUACAAUUAAGAAUGUGACUACUCAUCGUAGGGAAUAAUGUUGGGUCGAACCACGACGUUUCCAA